UGUCAAACAACAUCCAAACUACUUUUAGCACCAGACAAUUCAAACAGCUCCAGCUACGUCUCAUUAUUCUACCACUGUGAAUGUUGCUCUGAUUGGUGAAAAUGGCUUCAUAGAGGGCGUCCACUGUCUGGAACAGGUGUCCACUGUCUGGAACAGGUGUCCACUGUCUGGAACAGGUGUCCACUAUCUGGAACAGGUGUCCACUAUCUGGAACAGGUGUCCAUUUUUGUAAACUUCUCUCGCCAUCCAACCCCAAAUGUAACCCCAAAUGUUCUCAAAUGGAUUUAGAUGAGGGGAACAAAAGAGAGGUGUUAUUUCUACGUUAAAAAUCCUUUGUCAGGCGGGCUUUGCCUGACAACACAACUUGAAGCUCCACUGUCCCAUUGCAGGAAAAAGUCCACUAGAUCAGGGUGGAGCUCGGAGCUCAUCAUCAUAUAGAAACAUUACAGACAAUGACUCCAAAUACAAAUUUUUGCUAAGAUCUGGGUUUUAAAUGCUCUUUUGACCAGCUGAACAGCCUAUUUCAGUUGGUUGCUUGCAAUAACUUGCUUCCCCUCCCCCCAACUUCUACGUAUUUAUUGGUUAGCAUUACACUCUACUGGCCUCAACAAAGAUGGCGACCUACAACCAUCUGAAGCUCAGCAGCUUUAUUAGAAAACAAUGCUGUUACUCCUGACUUUAUUAUUUUUUGUGAGGACGCUCAGACAGAAUGUGUGUUUUCAGUUAGCGGCUCUCAUGGACACAGGUGCUGAUUGACCCUCAUGGACGAAGCGGCCGCUGAAGCUGGCUUCCGAUUGCAGCUUCUUAAAAACAAUGUGGCCGACGUUGAGACCAUUUUUCAUCUGGUCUUAGCAUUUUGAUCAGAAGUGUAAUGUUCCAAAUAUCAAAACUUCACCUCCAAACUCAGAUCCAGUUCCUACUUUUGGAUAUAUUGUCUACUUGAGCUAAUGUGUGACUUUGGAUGAGGUGAGAAGAAAUUAAAGAGAAAUUUUAUUGUAGAGUUUGAGUAAUCUUCUACUUGUUUGCACACCUGUUUCAUUUUYAUCAACUCAUUUAUCAUGUGCAAGCUCAAAACUAUCAUCCUGAAAAGAAGUACUAAAAUUCCUUGCAGUAAAUUUUGGUAGCUAGUUCUAUUUUAGGAUUUACGGAUAGUUCCUUAGUAAAUCACAUCAGCGGAGUUAUAAUCGAUGAGCCUGUUUAAAAGUCAUAAAUAUGGUAAGAGCUUUAUUGGACAUGCUGCGUUUGUCUAAAAAAUUCUAACAGAAGCCAGGAAUUAUGCGCUUAAAAAUACAACAUURAAUACAGUUCCUGCACUGUAAUAAAUUUUGAAUAUUUUGUAUUUUACCAUUAUUUUUUAAAUAAACUCAGUUUUAUUUUUGAUUCUAUCCAUUCCACAUUUUGCCGUUUGUGUGGGGUUGUGUCAAUAUGUGCAUGGUUUUCACAGAAAUGUGAUGCUGUGACUAAAACGUCUUUAUUUCAGGUUUCCUCCGUCUGAGGAACGUUGCUCCAAACGUCUGCGUUCAGAUCCGACUAAGCCAAGUUGCCUUUUUUUUUUUUUCAGAGAAAGCAGCUCUUCUCCUGCUUUCCCCUCUAACAGGCCGUGGAUGUGCAGUAUUUUUCUGAACAUUUACUAAGGGAAGCACAGCAUGUUCAGCCUAACUGGAAACUCUUGUGUGUGUUGCAGCUUCUCUGACCAUUAGGUGAAGUUGCAGGGACAUCCGCUCCUGAUUUUGAAUCAUUUGGAAUAAUGUUUUUUUUUAACUCUAAAAUGAGCAACUUUUUUGUCUUAUAAAUCCUCCGAUGUUGAUAGGAAGCAGCAGCUCUCCUAACUUUGGCAUGAAACAAUUAAUUAGACUCAGAAAAAAGGGCAAUUUUCUGAAAGAAAAAAAAAAAAAAAACAGUCAGAGCCGUAAUGAGCCAAAGCUGUACAAAAAAUAUACAUUUUGCAAUUUAAGAUUAAAAACAUCUUUGUCUGUAAAUAUGUUAUAACCAAAACUCUGGUGUUUUAGCUUCCCUUGGUUCAGAUUCACUAAUUUACUAAUAAAGAAAUGCUAUGUUAUUGUAUUCUAGGCAAUAAAAUGUUUGAAUUGUCUGUUUAUUGCAUAUUUUAACAUAUUUGUUACUUUGUGUAAAAAAGACUUGACUGAUUAAACRAAAAAUAUACCCUGCAUUUUAUAUUUAUAUUUGUUAAAAGAGAUCAAAAAUAAAGUCUACUUCCCAAUCAUGGUGGUGUAUCUCAUAAAAACGCCCUUAAAAAUUAAAGUGUGUGGAAURAUCCAAKGAAUUGUACAAGUAUUGAUGGUCUAAAUGUUCCGGUUUGGUGUCACGGUGAGCAUGUAAUCAGCAAAAUAUAUUUUCUGAGUCAUCAGUGAAUUAAACAACAAUAAAAAAUAAAUCAGCCAGUCUUUCUUCUCUAYCUGAAUGAUUUGGUUUGCCAAAUAAGGAGCUGAGGUGUUUGCCCUGCGCCCUCGURGUUUAGACGGGGCUCCGAAGUGCUUUUUUUUUUCAAUCUCUGAAUUCCACUCGCUGCCCGUUUGGGCCCUGUAAUCGUUGCAUAAUGCAUAUUCUACAUGUCAGCCACACAUUGCUGGUGAAAUCCCUCAAUUUAUCACCCAUUGAGGAAUUCCUCCUGCACCAGGCCGUGUUCUAAUUAUAAAACUCUGAUUCUCCUCCUUUUUUCUCCUUUUUUUGCUGCUCGACCUUUUUGAUGUCCUUUCUUCUGACCCCUGGAUUUAGCAUGUAGACUGGGAUUAGAGACAAAAAGCAGACUUUACCACAGGUAAUUCCACAAUAACUCAGCGGGGCUUUUAGCAAACGUGUUUUUGUUUUCACGUUUCCUAUACUCGUAAUUUUUUGCAUUUUUGUCUCAAAGAUAUUUAAUUCAUGAGCGUAUCUGUCUGGCUUUGAACUGAUUCAUUCAUCGCUCAUAUUUAUUGUACCUUAACUGUCCAAAAUGUCUUUAAAAAAUAAUUAAAUAAUAAAACCAUCAACCUUUUGGRAACCCAUACCRUUAGUGGCCGGCUUCCUUUGGAAAAACACCUGUGGGGGAAACACUUUGUGAUUUACACCAACGAAUAAAAUCCCAACAGGACAAAUUCUGGGUCAAGCGCCCGCCUGCUCCUCCUUUCACUCCGCGUCAGUCUCAGGUGAGCGAGAAAGAGUUGACUGGCAAGUAACGGGUUAGUGUCUGGUCUCCCCCCUACACCUCCUCGUCUCAUCCGCCCCUCUUCUUCAUCCCGGAGUGAUAUAUAUUGGAGUUCGUGACUCGUCUUCAUCUAAGGCAUCACUUCUAGACGGACGCACGCAGACGUCUCCGGUUUGUUUCGAGGGAUUGAACUUGACGAAGACCAGACCCGUGACCAUGAAACCCUUUCUAAAGGUUCUYGUGAUUCUGUUCUGCAUCGGCAAGGUAGAAGGCCUCUGGCUGAGGUCUCUGAUUGGUAAGUAGGGACGUCGUGACCCAUCGAUUUAGGGAUAGCACAAAUAAGUUAAGGAAGCAUGCUGUUACAAGGUCGAUGAAUUUGUCUUUUCCAGGCCAAAAGCAGAAACCCGUGUCGCCUUCAGACGAGGACAGAAGAAGCGGAUUUUUAACAACAGAAGAAAUCCAAAGGGAAGGCUCCGGAGACGAGCCAGUCCCGGUCCGGAUGCGGCGCUCCGCUCCCGACUCCCAGUGUGGCCUCCACUCCGUCUUGCUGCAGGUGCGGGACCUGGGGCUGGGCUACGACUCAGACGAGACGGUCUUGUUCAAGUACUGCGGGGGGUCUUGCCCCCGCGCCCGCUCCAACUACGACCUCACGCUCAGCAACCUGCUGCUCAGCGGGCGGCUUCCGCAGCYGGCUCCCGGAGAGCCGUGGCACAGCGUGCCGUGCUGUAGGCCCACUCACUACGAGGACAUGGCCUUCCUCGACAACUCGCACCGCUGGCACAAGGUGGAGAAACUCUCCGCCGCCACUUGCAGCUGUGCAGAUUAAAAAUGGCCCGAAUCGAGGGGAAUAAAGAAGGGGCAGGUGGGAGAGAGCUGAAGAUAUGCGGAGAGGACAAUUUGACUUAUAAAAUAACUUUUUUUUUCCUCCGAAAAGAGCCUUCAUAAGCAGAUUCUAAUGUUUGACUCAGAUUUCUGUGUUUUAUCCAUAAUAGACAGGAGGGACACGAUUUAGAUAUCCAGGAAGCAUUGCUUUGUGAGUUCAUGUUAUUUUGAAUUAAGGCAAAAAAAUGGAACCAAUGCUUUAACUUGAAUUACAAAAUAAUUGUAAAUAAGCUAAUAUCUAUUUAUUAUUAAAAAAAAAAAACAUGGAAAUUUUUUUUUAGCUCUUUAGAAAUGUUUCCCAAUUUACAAACGAUGCUGAAUUAAGCUCCAAAAUUGUUCAGCUACAUAAAGUGUACAUAUGUGAAAACUAAAGAUAUUUAUUUAUUUA